ACUGAGUAGUCUCAAUUCAGCUGAGCUGCAAAUUUAUAAAGAAGAUUGGAUUUAAUUUAAUUGUUUCACUUUUAAUUUUCAGUGAUUUGGUAUUGUUAAAAGAGAAGAGGACAUGGGAUCGUUAUUCCGCAGCGAGGAGAUGGCCUUGUGCCAGCUCUUCCUACAGAGCGAGGCGGCCUAUGCUUGUGUCUCUGAGCUAGGCGAGUUGGGUUUAGUGCAGUUCCGCGAUCUAAAUCCCGAUGUGAAUGCCUUUCAGCGUAAAUUUGUGAAUGAAGUGCGACGUUGCGAUGAGAUGGAACGCAAAUUGCGUUAUUUGGAGAAGGAGAUCAAAAAGGAUGGCAUACCCAUGCUGGAUACUGGCGAAAGUCCUGAAGCCCCGCAGCCACGUGAAAUGAUCGAUUUGGAAGCCACGUUUGAGAAACUCGAGAACGAGCUGAGGGAAGUUAAUCAGAAUGCUGAAGCCCUGAAACGUAACUUUCUGGAGUUGACCGAACUGAAGCAUAUUUUGCGGAAGACGCAAGUUUUCUUUGAUGAGUCGGUACCAACGGUGUAUAAGUCCAAUGUAUAUUCAUCCAACAAAUAUCGGCGCUAUCAACAGAUGGCCGACAACCAGAACGAGGAUGAGCAAGCUCAGCUGUUGGGCGAGGAGGGUGUACGUGCCAGUCAGCCGGGCCAAAAUUUAAAACUUGGUUUUGUGGCUGGCGUUAUUUUGCGCGAGAGAUUACCCGCCUUUGAACGGAUGCUGUGGCGUGCCUGCCGUGGCAAUGUGUUCCUGCGUCAGGCUAUGAUCGAAACCCCCUUGGAGGAUCCCACCAAUGGCGAUCAGGUGCACAAGUCAGUGUUCAUUAUCUUCUUUCAAGGCGAUCAGUUAAAGACACGCGUUAAGAAGAUUUGUGAGGGUUUCCGGGCUACUUUAUAUCCUUGCCCUGAGGCUCCUGCCGAUCGUCGUGAAAUGGCUAUGGGUGUAAUGACUCGUAUUGAGGAUUUGAAUACGGUUUUGGGCCAAACCCAAGAUCAUCGCCAUCGAGUGUUGGUAGCUGCUGCUAAGAACCUUAAGAAUUGGUUUGUUAAGGUCCGCAAAAUCAAGGCCAUCUACCAUACAUUGAAUCUCUUCAAUUUGGAUGUGACACAGAAGUGUUUGAUUGCCGAAUGUUGGGUGCCCUUGUUGGACAUAGAGACCAUACAAUUGGCUUUGCGACGUGGCACAGAGCGUUCGGGUUCGUCGGUGCCGCCGAUUUUAAAUCGAAUGCAAACAUUCGAAAAUCCUCCGACAUAUAAUCGGACAAACAAGUUUACUAAAGCCUUUCAGGCCCUAAUCGAUGCCUAUGGAGUGGCCAGCUAUCGCGAAAUGAAUCCUGCUCCUUACACGAUUAUAACAUUUCCCUUCCUGUUCGCUGUGAUGUUUGGCGAUUUGGGUCAUGGUGCUCUAAUGGCUCUCUUUGGCUUGUGGAUGAUACGCAAGGAGAAAGGAUUGGCCGCCCAGAAGACGGAUAACGAGAUUUGGAACAUUUUCUUUGGUGGUCGUUACAUUAUCUUUUUAAUGGGCGCCUUCUCCAUGUACACUGGUCUCAUCUACAACGACAUCUUCUCGAAAUCUUUAAACAUAUUUGGAUCCCAUUGGCGUUUAUCUUACAACACAUCGACUGUAAUGGAAAAUAAGUUACUUCAAUUGAAUCCGAAUUCAACUGACUAUGUGGGAGAUCCUUAUCCAUUUGGCUUGGAUCCCAUUUGGCAAGUGGCUACAUCCAAUAAAAUAAUUUUCCACAAUGGUUACAAAAUGAAGAUUUCGAUUAUUUUUGGUGUCAUACACAUGAUCUUUGGCGUCAUUAUGAGCUGGCAUAAUCAUACCUAUUUCCGUAAUCGUCUGUCGCUGAUCUAUGAGUUCAUUCCCCAGCUUGUGUUCCUGGUUCUGCUCUUCUUCUACUUGGUGCUCUUGAUGUUUAUUAAAUGGAAUCGAUAUGCUGCCACAAAUCCCAUGCCCUAUUCGGAAUCGUGUGCUCCAUCAAUUUUAAUCACCUUCAUUGAUAUGGUUCUGUUUAAUACUCCAAAAACGCCGCCAACGGGCUGUGAGGUUUAUAUGUUCUGGGGCCAAUCUUUCAUUCAGACAGUAUUUGUUCUAGUUGCUCUCGCUUGCAUUCCUGUCAUGCUGUUGGGCAAACCAUGGAAAAUCAUGCAAGCCCGCAAAUUGGCCAACGAAGAGGUUCAACCCAUAGCUGGAGCUACAUCUGAUGCGGAAAUUGGUGGUAAUUCUAAUGGUGGUUCCCACGGAGGGGCUGGUGCUGGUGGUCAUCAUGAUGAGGAGGAAAUGUCCGAGAUAUUCAUACAUCAGGGCAUACAUACCAUUGAGUAUGUGCUUGGUUCUGUUUCGCAUACCGCCUCAUAUUUACGAUUGUGGGCUCUGUCAUUGGCUCAUGCACAGCUUGCCGAAGUCCUGUGGACCAUGGUAUUAUCCAUUGGACUCAAACAAGAGGGCUGGCUUGGCGGUGUUAUUUUGACCUUCGUUUUUGCUUUCUGGGCUGUUUUAACUGUUGGCAUUUUGGUGCUAAUGGAAGGUCUAUCUGCCUUCUUGCACACUUUGCGUUUGCACUGGGUUGAGUUCCAGAGUAAAUUCUACAUGGGCCAGGGUUAUGCCUUUUUGCCGUUCUCAUUCGAUGCCAUCAUCGAGAAUGGAGGAGCUUCUUCUAGCGAGGCUGAAUAAAUUUCAUUCGACAGCAUCCGAAACGUAACCAAAGCAUGAAGGGAGGAGUCUCAUCGUUAAUGCAAUUUAAAAUUAUAUAUCCAAAUACAUAAUAAGCUAGCAAUUUCUUAAAAAUUACAUAUAUGUAUGCUUUAAUAGUCGCUUGAUGUCUAGUAAUCAUGAAUUUAUUAAUGUAUAUCUCGUAUACCCAAGUUCACAUAUGUGUAUGUUAAUAAUAUUAUGUAAUUACUAAUGUUCUAUGUAGCCGUUUAUCAUGUUUAUUCUCAUAAAUAAAUAAUAGUCCUAGGGAACAGCCCUGCCAAAAACAAA